CCUUUAAUUUUGUGAUAUUUUUAAAAUAAACAAAGAAUCCUCCGUUACUUAACAGUAAAGCGUUAUCUUUAACGUAUUCAGAACGCUGAUUUAACACACUCGGAUAAUUUGCAUAAUCGCUUUGCAGUAGCUUUGCGUUCAGCAAUGUUGAUCGACAAACAAUUUAAACUCGUUUUCAUGUUUUUUAUUUUUCAUUGCAAUUGGUGGUAUGUGAGACCAAAUGAAAAAAACCCCUCACUUAUUCGAACAAAAAGAACACUGAUAUGGGAAAAAGGGAGAAGUAGACUACAAAUUAUCACAGGAUUUGGUGUUCCAGUUGAUCUUAGUCUAGAAACUGUCAUCAUAGCAGCUAUCAUCAAAGGGAAUUAUGUGUUACCGUCAAAUGUGUCGGACCUUAAACCCUUCGGCAAUGUUUACUACCAGAAAAGGAAAAAACGAACGCUUUCCAGAUGGGAUAUUUACGAGCUUUUAGCUCAGUUGUGGCAACAGCGUGGAUUUGGCGGUAAAUCUUGCAUAUUGAGAACCAUUUGUGAGUUAUCGCAUAGGCCUGUUGAUAAGAAUUAUGGGCUUUUUGAUGAAUUAGUACAUACUGUUUUCACCCCGAGUAGUACUAAAGAAACCGUUCGACAACAUAGUGACAACGAAUAUUUUGCAGCUCAAAAUUUAGGAAGAAAGACUGGAGACUCUUGUAAGGCAGAAUUUUCAGAAUGUAGAAUUGAUUUAGUAGAUAUGUUUACAAUGUAAUACUUGUUAAACUAAUAAAUGUGGAAUAUAUUUUUA